GGUCCCAAUAGGCUUGGGAGAAUUGCUGAUAAGGUACCUUGGACCGCGUACAGCAUUGGUAUAGUCGAGAUGGCGGAACGGUUUUCCUACUAUGGCUCUACGGCAGUCUUUACCAACUUCAUUCAGCAGCCUCUCCCACGCGGCUCGCGCACCGGUGCAGGUGGCCAUGACCACGUUUCAGGAGCCCUUGGGCGGGGCAUCCAAGCCGCCACAGGUCUCACCACCUUCAACCAAUUCUGGGUCUACGUUAUUCCUUUGUUCGGCGCUUACAUCGCGGAUACGAAAUUGGGGCGUUAUAAAACUAUUUCCUGGGCUGUGUUCAUUGCGAUGAUUGGGCACGUUUUGUUGAUCGUGAGCAGUGUUCCGGGUGUCAUCGAGCAUUCUAGUGGGGCGUUGGCCUGUUUUACGCUUGCGUUGAUUGUUAUGGGAUUGGGAACCGGUGGAUUCAAGGCCAAUAUUUCACCUCUUGUCGCUGAGCAGUAUCAAGUGUCUUCCAUGCGUAUUAAGACACUUUCUGAUGGCACCCGAGUCAUCGUCGAUCCCGCUGUGACGACGGCACGCAUCUACCUUUACUUCUACCUCCUCAUCAACGUCGGAGCUCUCGUUGGUCAGCUAGGGAUGACCUACUCUGAAAAAUACGUCGGUUUCUGGUUAGCCUACACACUCCCGACUGUCUUCUUCUUCAUUUGCCCCAUCGUACUGUUCCUCGGUAGACAUCGGUACAAACAAAGCCCCCCUCAGGGCUCGAUCGUCGUCGAGGCUUUACGAGUUUGGAGGACCGCAAUGAAGGGUACAGUCGUCUGGUCGAGCCCAGUUCAGACUUGGAGAAAUUGGACUCAUCCUGAUUUCUGGGAGAACGCUAAGCCUAGCAGGAUUCUGAAGUCUCAGCCUGAAGGGGGACGACCUUCUUGGCUGACGUAUGAUGAUAUUUUCGUGGAUGAAGUCAGGAGAGGGCUGAAGGCGUGUCAAGUUUUCUUGUUCUUCCCUUGUUACUGGAUAUGCUAUAACCCUCUCAACUCUACGCUCACAUCCCAAGCGGCAACGAUGACAACGAACGGAGUCCCCAACGAUGUCAUCAACAAUUUGGACCCACUCGCUUUGAUCAUUUUUAUCCCCAUCUGUGACUAUGUCAUUUAUCCGUGGUUUGCACGGAUGGGAAUUCGAUUCACACCGAUAAAGAGGAUCUUCUUUGGAUUUAUGACUGCCGUAGCAGCAAUGGUCUGGGCGGCCGUCGUUCAAUAUUACAUUUAUCAGACUUCACCUUGUGGCUAUCAAGCCAAUUCCUGCGAUACUCCUUCCCACUUGAACGUCUGGAUUCAAUCGGGUUCGUAUAUCCUCAUCGCCUUCAGCGAGAUCUUCGCUUCCAUCACCGGUCUCGAAUACGCCUUUACGAAAGCACCGAAGAACAUGAGAUCGGUCGUGAUGAGCGUUUUUCUGUUCAUGACUGCGAUUUCGAGCGCGAUCACGGAGGCGUUGAACCCAUUGGCUGCGGAUCCUCAUUUGAUUUGGAAUUAUGGGAGUGCGGCCAUCAUUGGGUUCGUGAGUGGGAUUGCGUUUUGGAUUUGUUUCAGGCAUUUGGAUAAGCAGGAGGAUAAAUUGAACGAGAUUACUGCUAUGACGGGGACGGGGUUGAAGAUGGUUGAUGAGAGAGAUAGUAUUUGAGGGUGUAGGUGUGUGGUGGAUUGAUUUUGUGCUUUGCUCGGUUGAUUUCCGAAAAAUCUUUGGUGUCUUGUUUGGCAUGGGUUACAUUGUUAUUACUUAGUAUGGUAUUAAUAUUCAUGCUAGGUUGAUUCGCCAUGCAUAAUUUCCUUUGCGAUCACAGCAAAGUACUACUGUCGUCUCUAAGAGGCUGGUACUCUCCCUGUGAACUCUGGAGGGCCGAUCAGAUCAUCUGGUCACAACGUUCACUUCGUCGGAUCCACUCAGGACAGAAUUUGUGUUCUAGUCGUAUUAAUGAUAUCCCUACGCUUAGCUAUCAAUAUGUUAAUAUUAGCGGGUACCAUCAUGCGGCUCACGAGUGGUCGCGUAAAUUGAUCGAUGC